UUUUCGUCUGUUAGUGACAUUUGUACACUUCUGCUGUUGAGAUAACAGCUAGAUAAACUGGACUUCCAACUACCUCUAGAACAAGCAAACUGAUUCAGCUUGGAAUUGCAGCUUUUAGAAGUUUUUAGAAAAACUGCCAGGUCCUAAACAUGGUAGUUCAGGAAUCAUCGUCUUCAUCCUCUUCAGGAAGUACACAUGAAUCUGAAACAGAUUCAGAACCUGGGCCUAAAGCUUCAGCCUCUAAAUUGGAACUCACUAUUAGCCCUCUCGCUGAAAUCUACCCCUCAGUGAAGACCAUACUGGACAAAAUUGAUGCUGCCCAGCUGGACAGAGCCAGGAAGGAGGUUUCUAAGCAACUGUUUGUAAUUCUGAACAAUGUGAACCGGGCAUGUAACCACUUCAAAGAGAAUGAAGGGAGGGACCCAGAGAUAGAAGAACAAUUCCUCCUCUCCAACACUUGGGCUGAGAGAAAACGGAGAGCACUUCUACUGGACAAAGUAGCCAUCUUGCUCAAAGCCAGCACAACUCAAGGAAAGGAUUUAAAGUUUGUUCUGGAGUCAUUGAAAGAAUGGGAUGAAAUGUUGUCAGAAGGCAAAGAACAAGUAGGAAACAUCUCCACUGCUCAGUGGGUCCAUGAUAUGGAGACCAAGCUGCUGACUUCCCUUGAUUACACAGAAGGUUGUAUCAUGAAGCUGAUUGAUCUUUGCACACCUCUUGUGGUAAAAAAAAGGAAAAAGAGAAGUAAAUCAAUUAUUCUCAAAACCGGCAUGUGGAGAGCAUGGCGGGAGAAAGUUGUCCAGAAACCUCAGGAAGCCCAGCCCUUAAGCCCUGAACAGAUGCUAGAAGAUGAAUCUGAAACUUUCGCCAGGACUUCUGAGCUCCUUACCAUGUUACAGGAAUUUGUAGCGUGCACCUUGUUCAACAAAGCUGAAGCUGUUGCCGUUAAAUAUAUAGUGACAAUGGUGGUCAAUCUCACCAAAGCCUUCAGCCUGCUAAAUAAACAAUGCCAUGGCCUGCAAGCAAAGUAUGAUAACUUAGCACUCCAGGAGUCCAGGAAGCAAGAAACUCAGUAUGUGAACCUUCAAAAGGAAGUACAGAUGCUUAAUGAGACAAAGGCAUCUCUGGAGGAUCACGUCCAAAGCAUUGAACACAAAUACAAGAUGCUUCUUGCAGCAAAUGAGGUAAUGCAAAAAGAACUGCACAAGUUGAAGGAAAAAGCAACUCUAAAGAUGGAACAAUCUUUAGGCGACAUAAAACUUGGGGCCAAGGCUUCUUCUGAAAGGAAAUCUCAAGAAGAAUGUGAUAAAGAUUUGAGUAGGAAAAAGGAUGGGAAGCUGUCAGCUGAAAAGCUGUCUUGGAAAUCCCAUGUAGACCCUGGUAAAUCCCCCAGUGGGAAAAGGGUAGCAGAUAAAAAGCAGCCUCAGAAACCAUUGGUAGAGAGAACAGAAGAUACCAGUAACACACAGAAUGCAAAACUUCUUGAUAAAAAGCCACCAAUGAAAGUCUCAGCAGAGAGAGGUAAAGACACCAGUGACAGACAGAAAGCCCUGGCAGAGAGUUCUCAAGACACUGUGGUUGAAUGGGAUUCAGUCGCCACAGUGGAAAAACAAGAGACUUCUGGAGACCUGAGUGGAGAACCGCAUGGGCAUCCUCUGGACAAUGAGCAGGCAGCAGCUGCUGGCAAAAGGGAUGUGAACCUCCUGGGUAAAAUUCAGGAAAUUGGUGAAGAUGUCACUGGUGAGUGCCAGGGGAUCCUGCCUGAUGAAUGUGGACUCCAGGCUGACAAAGAAACCGAAAGGCUCUCAUCCCCAACAGAGCCCCCAAGCCAAGGGGUCUCUAGGAAAGGAAAGCAGAAGAAAGAAAGCCUGCACACUGAGGAGACACAUACAGAAAUCCCUAAAAGCCCUAUCAGUGGAAGCAAGCUGGAUCCAUCCACUCCCCUGUAUGGGUUUAAUUCAGCUGUCCUGGCUUAUCUGGAACAAAAGAUAGAGAAGCUAUUGAGCUGUCCCCCUCCUGCACAGACACAAGCAGAGCGGAUGCUGCCCAAGGACCCAGAAGCCCAAAGGCUCUACAUGGUGUUGGAGAGGAAACUGGAAGAAUGCUUCUCAAAAAUGGAGAUGAAAUAUUUCAGCAUCUUAGAGGAACAGAAGCUUCCAAGGAGCUUGGUGCUACCUGAAGAGCAUGAUGAGGAGGCAAAGCCAUCCUCGGAGGGUUUGAGUGGCCCCAACGGUUCCUUUUUGGAGUCCAAAAUUCCUGUGAUCUCACAAUGGGGACUCCCUGUAGCACUAUGGAAGGAACCCAAUAUCGCCAUGCAAUUUCCAUUUCCUAAUCAAAAGCAGCAGGAGCAGUGGCAGAAGGAGACGCAGGAAUAUCAGAUGCAAUGGCAGUCACCACAGCCUCAGCAGCAGCAGCCAGAAAUAAAGGGGAAGGUGGAGCAGCUGCAUCAGGAGGACCAUCAGUGGGAGGCGCAGGAGCCACUGAAGGAAGGGCAGGAAGAGAAGCAAAAGCAGUGGAAGAAGCAGCUGGAGGAACAAGCUGAGGAGCAGAGGCUAAGGCAGCAGCAGCUGGAGGACGAGCAGCAGAGGCUACGUCAGCAAUGUCAGGAAGAGAAGCAGCAGCAGGAAAAGCAUGAGGAGCAGCAGAGGCUGUGGCAGCAGCAGCAGGACGAGCAUGAGGAGCAGCAGAGGCUGUGGCAGCAGCAGCAGGAGGAGCAUGAGGAGCAGCAGAGGCUGUGGCAGCAGCAGCAGGAGGAGCGGCAGAGGCUGGGGCAGCAGCAGGAGGCAGAGCAACAGCAACAGCGGGAGCAACAUGAGGAGCAACUGAAACUGUGGCGGCAGCAGGAGGAGGAGCAUGAGGAGCAACAGAGGCUGUGGCAGCAGCAACAGGAAGAGCAGCACGAGGAGCAGCUGAAACUGUGGCACCAAGAGGAGCAGGAGCAUAUGGAGCAGGCGAGACACUGGCAGCAGCAGGUGGAGGAGCACGAGGAGCUGUGGCAGCAGGAGCAGGAGGAGCAUGACCUUCAACUGAAGAAGUGGCUGCAGCGAGAAGUGAAGCAGCGCAAGCAAGCAAUAGCCUGGCAGCAGCAGAGGCAGGAGUAUGAGGAGCAGCGGCAGCUGUGGCAGCAGGAGCAGGAAGAACAUGACCUUCAGCUGAGGCAGUGGCAGGAGCAAGAGCUACAGCAAAAGCAGAUGCAGGAGGAGCAGGAGCAAUACCUGAUCCCAAGGUCUAAAUCCGUUCCCAAGAGCAGAGAGCCUGGGGCCCCCGAACACUUGACAAAACAGAUCCCAUUAAGGCCAAGGAGAGAGACUGCCAAGGAAGAGGUCCUACUGUACGGCCGUUUCCAGCCUUCUGCCCAGCAGAUGGUUCCCACACAGAGCAAAAUAUCCCUGCACUCUCAAGCUCAGUUCACUGAGGAAACCACCGUGGCUCAGAAGACCAAAGAGAAGAGCAGCAUGUCAGAGAAGCGGUACUGGGUGGAUGUGGAGGCACAGAGGGAGAACCUGGUGCUGCUGGGCCAGGCGACCCGAAAGUGUAGACUACCCCCACUCCUGCACAUGCAGGCAAAGUCGUUUAUCACUGAGACCCUGCACACGGAUGUUGAGAGGCUGGCUCUCCUCUUCCACAAAUACAUCUCCUUCUGCCACCUCCAGCAUGUCAGACAAACCUUAAUGUCCCGAUUGGAAGCUGCCAGAGCUGUCAAUGAUGGUGCUGAGGUCCGGAACUUGUACACAUACGUGGAGAGGGUGGACGCUUACCGGAAAAAGGUGCUGCAGUGCUGGGUGGCCAAGCAGAAAACAGCAGAACAGGCACGACGACACUGCCUUGGCAAGAUGAUUUCCUUGUUUGCCCAACUCCGCCUGAGCUCUGAACUCCAGCUCAACAGCCCAUCCCCUCUCCUGAUCAAAGCAGUGGAUGAAAUGAAAGAGUUCCAGUCCUCGGUCUGUGCCAGGUCCAAAUCCCCUGGCUAUCCAAGCCCCUUGGCAAGUAUGAAGAAAGUUGGAGCAUUUAUGCAUCCGCCUGGAGUCAGUGAGCAGGUUGGUGACCAGAUGGAGUCAGUAUGGAGGACUGAUGUCAUCUCUCACAGUUUCCCUAUUGUUCCAAAACCUCCUAUGUCAUUGCUCUGGUCUCAAGCUGGUGGUUUCCCAGAUAUCCCUAGAUUUCUGGAACUGGAUGUGAGCUCAGUUAGGAGCAAACCCCUUAGGACACUACAGACACAAGUCCAGAAUCUUCCCAGAUGGAAAACAUAUGGACACAAGUAAAAACGCAUGUAAAUAUAGGAUAAUCCAGCUGUAGUUUCAUACACAACAGAAAUGUAUGUAGAAAGCAAAUAAAGUAUAUUUCUG